AUGGAGGAAUCCUAUCUACAUCGGACGAUCUGCGUCCUGGCGGUGAUCGUGUCGUUUGGCCGAGCGGUGGCAUCGUUCGACUGUCAAGGUGCUGCUGGUGCCUCUACGGUGCCGGCCAUUCAUGCCCUGCCCAACAGCUGUACGGGCUACGUCACCUGCAUCGGGUGGAUUCAAGUCGUGGCCCACUGUCCCGAGGGAUCGGUGUGGAGUGAUCCGGUGAAAAGUUGCGUCAAAAUGGCUUCGGCCGAAGUGCAGUGUGCAGGGAACAAGGUGGACCGAGUGAGACGAGAUAUUGAUAUUGAGACGAUGACGACGUGUGCCGAGACCUGUCCACAGUUUUUCGAUCCACGCAAUCUAGUGCUCAUGCCCCACACGAUCUGCACCAAGUACAACCUGUGCGUACUGGGCCUGAAGUUGAGUGUCUCGUGUCCGAACGAUCUCCGUUUCAAUGUGGACAAGU